AUGACCCUGGACAUGGAUGCUGUGCUGUCAGAUUUUGUUCGUUCCACAGGAGCCGAGCCAGGACUGGCCCGAGACCUCCUGGAAGGAAAGAAUUGGGAUGUGAGUGCUGCUCUCAAUGAUUUUGAACAGUUACGUCAGGUCCAUGCUGGGAUCCUGCCCCAGUCCUUUAGUGAAGGGAGUGGUACCUCCAGGACCCCUGAAAAAGGGUUUUCUGAGAGAGAGUGUACUCGCCCUCCCCGACCUACUCUACAGCGGCAAGAUGACAUCGUUCAAGAAAAACGCCUGUCUAGGGGCAUCUCCCACGCCAGCUCCAGCAUUGUUUCCCUGGCCCGGUCCCAUGUCUCCAAUGGUGGGGGUGGGGGGAGCAGUGAGCACCCCCUGGAAAUGCCCAUCUGUGCCUUCCAGCUUCCAGAUCUCACUGUGUACAAUGAAGACUUCCGCAGCUUCAUAGAGAGAGACCUCAUUGAACAGUCCAUGCUGGUUGCCUUGGAACAGGCAGGUCGUUUGAACUGGUGGGUGAGUGUAGACCCCACCUGUCAGAGGCUGCUUCCUUUGGCAACUACUGGAGAUGGAAACUGCCUCCUACAUGCAGCCUCUCUUGGGAUGUGGGGUUUCCACGAUCGGGAUUUGAUGCUGCGGAAAGCUUUGUAUGCACUGAUGGAAAAGGGAGCUGAGAAGGAAGCAUUGAAACGACGCUGGAGGUGGCAGCAAACACAGCAGAAUAAAGAGUCAGGGCUGGUAUACACAGAGGAUGAAUGGCAGAAGGAAUGGAAUGAGCUGAUCAAGCUUGCCUCAAGUGAACCCCGAAUGCAUCUAGGUACCAAUGGAGCCAACUGUAAUGGGGUGGAAAGUUCAGAGGAGCCUGUAUAUGAGAGUCUAGAAGAAUUCCAUGUCUUUGUCCUUGCCCAUGUGCUUAGAAGGCCUAUAGUCGUCGUGGCAGAUACCAUGCUGAGGGACUCUGGGGGCGAAGCAUUUGCCCCUAUUCCCUUUGGGGGAAUCUAUCUGCCCCUGGAGGUUCCCACCAGCCAGUGUCACCGUUCCCCUCUGGUGCUCGCCUAUGAUCAGGCUCACUUUUCUGCACUUGUGUCCAUGGAACAGAAGGAGAACGGCAAGGAACAAGCUGUGAUCCCACUUACAGAUUCAGAGCAUAAGCUGCUGCCCUUGCACUUUGCUGUAGACCCUGGAAAGAGCUGGGAGUGGGGCAAAGAUGACAGUGACAAUGUCCGAUUGGCCAGUGUAAUCCUGUCCCUGGAGGUCAAAUUGCAUCUGCUGCAUAGCUACAUGAAUGUGAAGUGGAUCCCAUUGUCCUCUGAUGCUCAGGCUCCCCUGGCCCAGCCUGAGUCCCCCACUGCCUCAGCAGGAGAUGAGCCCCGGUCUACUCCUGAGUCUGGGGAAUCAGAUAAGGAGUCAGUUGGCAGCAGUUCCACCAGCAAUGAGGGCAGCAAGCGGAAAGAAAAAUCCAAACGAGAUCGGGAGAAGGACAAGAAGAGGGCAGAUUCUGUGGCUAACAAACUGGGCAGCUUUGGCAAAACCUUGGGAAGCAAGCUCAAGAAGAACAUGGGAGGCUUGAUGCACAGCAAGAGUUCUAAGCCUGGAGGGAUGGGAACAGGGUCAGGAGUGAGCAGUGGCACCGAGACACUGGAGAAGAAGAAGAAAAACUCACUGAAGAGCUGGAAGGCUGGCAAAGAGGAGGCAGCUGGGGAUGGGCCUUUGUCUGAGAAGCCUACAUCUGAGUCUAUGGGUAAUGGAGCGAGCAAGUAUAGCCAGGAGGUGAUGCAAAGCCUGAGCAUCAUGAGGACUGCAAUGCAAGGGGAGGGGAAGUUUAUUUUUGUUGGAACCCUGAAGAUGGGUCACCGUUACCAAUAUCAGGAGGAGAUGAUCCAGCGCUACCUUUCUGAUGCUGAGGAGAGAUUCCUGGCAGAGCAGAAGCAGAAGGAGUCAGAGAGGAAGAUCAUGAAUGGAGGGGUAGGGAGUGGGCCUCCUCCAGCCAAAAAGCCAGAGCCAGAUGGUGGGGAGGAGCUGCUGACUGCCCCCCAAACAGAGUCCAAGGCAAUGGCAUUUUCUACUGGCUACCCUGGGGGCUUUACAAUCCCUCGGCCUUCUGGGGGUGGAGUUCACUGCCAGGAACCCCGGAGGCAGUUGGCAGGGGGUCCGUGUGGGGGUGGCCUACCACCAUAUGCCACCUUCCCUAGACAAUGCCCUCCUGGGCGACCCUACCCCCAUCAGGACAGCAGCCUUUCUCUGGAGCCAGGAAGUCACUCCCAAGAUGUUGUUCAUAGGGGUACAUUGUUACCACCCCAUUUCCGCGUGGCUGAUUCCUAUAGCAACGGCUACCAAGAGCCCCCUGAGCCAGAUGGAUGGGCUGGAGGGCCCAGGGGGCUUCCCACAAUCCAGACCAAAUGCAAACAACCGAACUGCAGCUUCUAUGGACACCCUGAGACAAACAACUUCUGCUCCUGCUGUUAUAGGGAAGAACUGAGGAGGAAGGAACGGGAACUGGGUGGGGAGCUGCUAGUGCACAGGUUCUGA